AGGCGGGGCUCGGGCCCCGGUGGCGGCGGCUGGGCCAGUGGGCUGAGUCGGGGAGCUGCAGCCGGGUCUGGUCGGGGGUGUCGGGUGGCCCCCGAGGACGAGGAGGAGGCGGAGGCGGCGCCGCUGCUGCUGUAGCUGCUUUCCCCCGUGGUAAAAUGGCUGACAAAGCCAAAUCUGGCAAAGCUGCCAACAAGACUCCCCCCAAGUCUCCUGGAGAUCCUGCCAAGGAGAAAUCAGCUAAACGGCUCUCCCUGGAAUCUGAGGGCACCAAUGAGGGGGCUACCGCCCCAGAACUCAGUGCCCUGGAGGAGGCUUUUAGGAAAUUUGCUAUCCACGGAGACACCAGAGCCACGGGGAAAGAGAUGCAUGGAAAAAACUGGUCAAAACUCUGUAAGGACUGCCAGGUAAUCGAUGGGAAAAAUGUGACAAUCACCGAUGUGGACAUCGUCUUCAGCAAAAUCAAAGGGAAGUCCUGCAGGACAAUUACUUUUGAACAAUUUAAAGAAGCUCUGGAAGAACUCUCAAAGAAACGAUUUAAAGAUAAAAGCAAUGAGGAAGCCAUUCAGGAGAUACACAAACUCAUCGAAGGAAAAGCUCCGAUAAUAUCGGGAGUGACGAAAGCCAUCUCCUCUCCAACCGUGUCACGACUUACAGAUACGUCCAAAUUCACUGGCUCCCACAAGGAGAGGUUCGAUCCUUCCGGCAAGGGGAAGGGCAAGGCGGGAAGAGUGGACUUGGUGGAUGAGUCAGGCUACGUGCCCGGAUACAAGCACGCGGGCACGUACGACCAUAAAGUCCAAGGAGGGAAGUAGGAGUCCCCUGCAGAGCACAAGCGAGCGUUGUCUGGACGGCGAUGGCACACUGUUCAGGUUGGCGUGAAUGCGAAGCUGAUGAUGUUGGAAAUCGUUUUCAGGAACUGGAACUUAUUCUACCACCUGCUGAGGUCCUCACAGCACAGGGCAACACUUCUUUACAUUCCUCAUGUUUAACGUGGGCAAAAGCAAAGGGGAAAAAUGAGUCUCUGAGCUUUAGGCAAGAAACCAAAUGGAAAGGCCUUUUUUUUUUCUUUCUGAUCCACACCGUAUCAGUACCACAAAGAGGCCAAAAACAUUCCCAAAUGUUCAGUGUUGCAUCAGGGGUGAGAGAGGGUCCCCCUUUACCCCUCACAUGGAGUGUUCUCCUGGCCUGCUUCACAUUUGGCAGGAUGCCUUUCAGAAGAAUAUCUCCCCCUUGAGCGGGCUGGGGUCCAGCCAUACCUGAUUCCUUUCUGAUGAGUCCACUCUGCCCUCAGAGACAAAAUGCUGAGCAUUAAACUGGGAAGUCAAUGGCUAUUUUUCCAAAGAGACUUCCAGAGAUCCAUAUUAUUAGCCUAUUUGUAAGCAGAGGAAGUUUCUUCCUGGAAAGCAUGAGAAAUGUAGCUCCUGAAUGAUUAGUAGGUGAGCAGGGGAAUAAUAGGGCACAUCUCCAUAUGUCAAAAGUGGCUUCUACCCCUUAUGUGAACCAUACCCACUUUAACCCAAAUCACCAACAUGAAAAAGGAUAAAAACAGCCAGACUGGGGGUGGAGGGAUGGGAGAAAGGGAGCGUUUGGAGGCAAUUAGAGUUAAUCUACUAACUAGAAUUAUAAAGAUAACUAAAUUGAGCCUUAGGUGGAAAAAAAACAAGAUUGAAGGAUGGCCACCCUUUGUUUCUAGGCUUACACUGCCACAUAGUGGGUGAGAAGGGCAUUUGGGAGUCUCAUGUACAUCGUUUAACUAUGCUAAGGCUAAACCUAACACUGCUGAGAGGUUUUGCCCACAAUUUGGCAGACACUGCCAUGCUGUGUAUUUGGGGGUUUUAGGGGGAAGGGAGAGGGUGGUAGGGGUCUAGUACAUGUGAGCACAAUUCUAUACAUCUACAUGAUGUUUGCUUAUAUGCUAGCUCUGGGGGAAUGACGUUUGAAAUCUCAAAUAACAAAGUCAACCAAGUAGGAAGAAAGUUUUCUGAGGUGGGACACAAGAACUUCCCAGUUUACAAAAAGCUAAUUAUCCCCUCCCCUCUCCUCCCUCUAUAGAACCACAGAAAAAUAACUUUGAAAAAUAAUUUGAAGUGAAAGUCUUCUAAUAUUUAUAAAGCAUAUGAGCAAUUUAUGAAAAGCAUUGAUUCUCUGUAUGCAUCAGUGUGCUCAUUUCAUAUUACUUAAUAUUAAAAAAGAGUUCCAGCCAUUGCAAUGGCUUUUAUGUUUUAUAUCCUGGAAAAAGAAGUCCAGAACAAACCCAUUAUUUGUCACUGCUUUUCCCCUUUAAAAAAAAAAAAACCCAACAUGUUGUAAAGUCCAAAACAUGCAAUGAAAAUGAAUAAUGAUUUUUUUUUAGCCUGGGUAUUUGCAGUUGACCAUUUAAAGCUUUGCUUUUCCUUUUGUGAAAUGGAGUUCGUGCAUUAACUUUAAUAAUAUGUAACUUUGGCUAUUAAAGUUUAAUCAACUUUA